UACGAGAUUCUAUCCAACAUGCGUCUAAGCACGGCUCUACCUGUCUUGUCCUUAGCGGGGAUCAUCGCUGCGGAGAAUACGGUGGAGAGAGAUGACGUGCCUGGAGCCUGUCUACAACCUUGCCAAUUCACGAUCAACCUCUCUUCCCGGUGUGAGCGGGAGACCGACGAUGACGAUAGGUACCGGUCCUGCGUGUGUGGUGCUGCAGAUGGACGACUGUGGCUGGGAUUUCAACGCCGCAAGCGCUAGCUAUUCGACGGGGACAGGCACCGCUACCGCUACCUCAGCCACGCCAGCGAGCCAGACUGUCAUCACGACGAUCAUCACUUCGUCUUCUGGCUCCACCGCAUUUACCUCUACGCAGACCACCACCCAGACUGCCGUGGGCGUUGGGGCAAGCACCUUGUCAGAUUCUACAGCAGGUGCUCCUCUCGCAACGGCGGAAAUUGGCGUUCUCGUCGCGGCUGGACUGGUUAUGGGUGUUCCCGCGUUCUUUUGAUGUUCUCUGCGGUAUACGGGCAAUUUUCGAGGCACGACGAACACAGAGAUCCUAUAAAUAUCAAGAGCAGGAUGCUAGGACCAUGUUUCCUUACCCUUGCAAGCACAUUCCUUCCUCUUUUUUUUUCUUCCAUAUUGCUCGAGUUUCGAGAUUCAGAACUAGGAGUGGGUUUGAACAGUUCCCCGAGAUACGAGGCUGAAGGUAUACAGCACGCGGAAGGUAUUCGGUGAGGUACCUUGCCAUUAGCACUAGAUAUAGGUAUAUAGCAACAUGAAAUCGU